AUCCCGGCCAUUGACCCAUAGUAGUUAGCUGGCUGGGUAUCCUCUGAGUAAAGCGGCGCAGCGGUGUGGAAGCAACGCAUGGCUCGCUACUAUGGAGAGCUUUGCGUGACUGCAGAAAUCGCAUUCAUUAUAAAGCAAAUAGCCAUGUAGCUGUAUAUAUUUAUGAAUAGCGACAGCAAUUUUCGUUGUUUUAUCCUCAGACCAAGAGAGGAGUCGGCGUAUGAACAUCUAUUCAUUUAAGACAGAAUUCAUUGUGCACAUAUCGAGAGUCGAUAGAAGGGAAAAAGAGGGACUGCCAGGCACCCGAUAAGGAGCUGCGCGUCCGAUCAGAGAGGCUGCUGAGGAUUGGCCCAGCACCAUCAUGACAGCCCUGAGACAGAGGAAGGCGAGUAAGGGGAAAGACGGCAGCCAGGAGAACCAGAGGCCCGACCCUCCAGACGACUUCACCCAAAAGACCCCCACAGGUGGGUGGACGUGGGUGACAGUGGUCUGGGGAAUCGUUGGAGGUCUCGUGGGAGUGUCCCUGGGACUGCUGGCCUGCAUCUAUGUGGCCACCUUGCAUGAAAACGACCUGUGGUUCUCCAACAUCAAGGAAGUGGAGCGUGAGAUCUCUUUCCGGACGGAGUGCGGCCUCUACUACUCCUACUACAAGCAGAUGCUGCAGGCCCCGUCCAUCCAGCAAGGCCUUUUCGAGCUCAUUAAUGACAACGCCACCGAGUCCAGACGGACCAUCAAUCUCCUGCAGCGGAUGAACAUCUACCAGGAGGUCCUCCUGAGCAUCCUCUACAGACUCCUGCCCAUACAGAAUUACCUGGAGCCUGUGUACUUCUACAUUUACACGGUGUUUGCCCUCCAAGCUGUCUACGUCAUCGCCCUCUACAUCACCAGCUGGCUGCUCAGCGGCUCCUGGCUGGCAGGGACUCUAACUGCCACCUGGUACAUCAUCAACAGAGUAGACACCACGCGUGUGGAGUUCACAAUCUCUCUGAGGGAGAACUGGUCUUUGCCCUUCUUUGCUCUCCAAGUGGCUGCCAUCACCUGCUACCUGAGGCCUCACCUAAAACCUCUUCAGCAGAAAGUGGCAUUGUGGCUGGUCUUCCUCUCCACACUGUGUUUCUGCCUGACAUGGCAGUUCAAUCAGUUCAUCCUGCUUGUCCAGGCUCUCAUCAUCUUUGGGUUGGACUGUCUGGAGCUCAUCUCACCUGAACAGGUGACCUCGCUGUACCUGGUCCAGGCUGUGAGCCUUCUUGUGGUGUGGGCUGUGCAGUUCUGCAAUCCCAUGAUCCUCGGCUCCCUGGCCCUCAGCUUCAUCGUGUCGGUGCUGUUUGUCAGACACUUUCAGAGGAACGUGAGAACGGGGGGCCUCCUAUCGCGACUCAGCAAGCUGUUCCUACACUCCCUGCUGGUCUUAAGCCUGACGUUCGCCAUCAAUUAUUUAGCGAAGAACGCGCUGCAGCUCAGGUCUGACGAGCACAUUUUCAAGUUCGUGAAGGCGAAGUUUGGCUUGGGGUCGACCAGAGAUUUUGAUGCCAAGCUGUACCUGUGUGAAGAGGCCUUUGGCCUGUUGCCGUUGGAUACGUUUGAGCGGCUGGCAGGCACGCUCUUGGUGUACCCCUACCUGUGCACACUCAUCGUUCUCCUGGUGAUGCUGGUCAUAGUGACGCUGGGAAACCUGAGUGGUUCAAGCAGCACUCCUUUGCAAAAGGAUGGAAAAGAGGAACAAAUGAUCAGCAUUCGACCAGAUGUUGCCUACAAUCUGUUGCACACAGUAUUUUUUGGUCUUCUCGCACUGAGCACCAUGAGAAUGAAGUACCUGUGGACUGGCCACAUGUGUGCCUUUGCUGCCUAUGGCAUAUGUGGCCAGGCGCUGUGGGGACUCUACCUGAAGGUGAUACACUGCUACUCCAAAGCAAAGUUAAGGAUGAUCAGAUACAGUGUUCCCAUCGUUAUUCUAGCCUUUCUUUACUACAAGUUCUGGCCCAAACUAAUGGAGGAGAUUUCCGAACUCCGAGAGUUCUACGACCCGGACACGGUGGAGCUGAUGACCUGGAUUAGCUCCAAGACCUCCAAGAAGGCGGUGUUUGCUGGAAGCAUGCAGCUUCUGGCCGGGAUCAAACUGUGCACCGGGAGAGUCCUCACCAACCACCCCCACUACGAGGACCGCGCGCUGAGGGAGAGGACCAAGCAGGUGUAUCAGGUCUACGCCCGGCGGGCCCCCGAGGACGUGCACGCCAUCCUGAGGGCGGCGGGGGCGGAGUACGUGGUGCUGGAGGACAGCAUAUGCUUCGAGCGCAGGCACAGCCGCGGCUGCCGCCUCAGGGACCUGCUGGACGUGGCCAACGGGCAUAUCAUGGACGGUCCAGGAGAAAACGACGCAGACCUAGUCCCUGCCCCCCACCCCCGAUUCUGCGAGGAGAUUAAAAGCGACACCCCUGCCUUCACCAGCCUGUUCACCCGCGUCUUCAGGAACAAGACGUUCCACGUGUACAAGCUGAAGAAAGGGAGGAAACACGCCAAGGCGGGUGGGGUGGGCGGAGCAAGCGAUGGCCACGCCUAGAGCUCCAGGCCCCACCCAUCCGCCACCACUCACCCUUCGCUUGGGCUCCUCCCCCUCGUCCAGGCGACUCCCGGCCAGAGGGGGCGCCAUCACUCCUCCUGCUCACUGUUCACCCCGUUCCCACUAACCCCCAACCCCUUGGCAGUGUGCCACUUUGAUUGGCUGUUCAGAGAGCCCAGCAAUAAUCAUGCGUGGGCGUAACAGACUCUGAGAAGAUUUGAGCCAACAGUGACCCCGGGGGUCGGGAUCACAGGAACAGUGUGCAUCCAUUGUGUGAACAGUGAGAAGGGAAGUGAAAUGACAAUGUUUACAUAGUUGGUCUCCAUUGAUCAGGCUGCAGAGCAUUGUGGGUAAUCAUUGCGUAUGGAGAAGCAACACCCGGCCAGUGCUUUGCCGUGUUUUUCGCCAAACGUGCCAUUCCCUCAUCUCCGUCUGUGCCAUGUCUCUUUCACUCUCGAUCAUCAGGCCCCUUUUAUACAUAUUAAUGCACAUAAAGAAACAUAAAGAGAGUUUUUAAACAUUGUUGUGUGUCUGUGUUUCAGCCAAAUGUACUGUGGGAUGUGACUUUGCGUCCCCCGGUGGUUAAAAGGAAAAGUGUUCUUUUGUCUCGGUGCCAUUCCUGUUUGUGAUAGACAGGCGUUUCGUUGGCGUGGAUGAUGUCAUUGCUUUGCGUCGGAAAUAAGGGUGACAGUAACGGGUUUGCUGAUCACAGUAAUGAUGUAUGUUUAUGAUUCCAUCUAAAUUAACAUUUCUGCGUUAUUAACCCUAGGAGUGAUUCAGACCCUCCUAUUCUAAUGAGACACCUAUUCUAAUAUGCCCCACUCCCUGUAGAAAUACCACACAAAUAUAUGAUUGGUGGACCAUGUAUGCAAGGCUUAGUAGUUUAAUUGGUUCAGUUCCAAUAGCAAAAUUCCUAACCUUAGCUACCAGAAUGACUUUACCUAGAUGACCAAAUGUGACAAGCUCUUUAAAUAUGUCAGAUUAGAAGGAUUUCUAACAUUGCGUGACUCCCACUUUUAGGGUGGCACUGACGUUAUCUGGUAAUAUGAAAUAUUAAACCUUUCAUUAGGCUGCAGUUAUUCAUUUAACAUACUCUUUGUGUAAAAGUUUUUAUGUGUCGUUUGAAUCAUUUACAGAACUAGAAAGUACACAAGUGCCCUUAGAGAUAUGAUUUUACCACCCAAGACUACUACUCCUCAGCAGCAAGGGAGUGGCGUGGUGCAUUGGGUAGCCACACAUAAAGGAAAUUUGCAGUUUGGUUACAGCCUUUGAUUUAAAUGGAAGCAUUGUUACAUUAUUUGCUUAUCCAGAGCCUCUGCACAUCAACUGUUUAUACAGCAGGAGGGUCACUGAAACAAGGAUGGGAAUAGAACCGGCAACCCUUUGGUUACGAACCCUGCCCUUUAUCAUACUGCUGUCCUGUGCUGUAUACCCAUAUGCGUCGAUAUAUAAAGCUAUAUGCAUGUAGAAUGUCAAGAUUGCUGGCCUACUUGUUUAACUGACGUACUUGAAGUGGGAUGAAUGGUACUGAAGGAGAAGCUUCCGUGUGAUGAACUCGAAGCCUCUCACUGCUUUCCCUAUAAAGAGUUCACAGAUGUAACCUUCUCAUUUUUAAAGUGCAGCACCAGCAACUGCUGUCACCUGGUAAAGGGCACCCAGGGUUGUGGUUCAGAGGUGACUGCAAGUUGACCGUUUGGUUAUCAUUUAGCAUGCAAAACAGGUUGGAGGCAAACCACACUGAAAAGUAUGUGCAACAAACAGAACAGCUUCACUUGUUUUUAAUUUUCCUGUUGAACUAUGUAUAUUUUUUUUCUUUCCCAUUUACAGAAUGGACCCGUCACCUGCUUGGCAUUACAGUGGAUAGAUUGCACUAGUCCGAUCUUGUGAAAAGAGUAAUAGUAUUGUUUUAGAGUUAAUUUAAGUGUAUCGGUUUCAUAUCUCAAAGAAAUGUAAGUUCAUUC